AAAGAGGGGGAAAUGCCGAAGAAGAAGACAGGCGCGAGGAAGAAGGCAGAGAACCGCCGAGAGCGGGAGAAACAGCUCAGAGCAUCGAGAAGCACUGUAGACUUAGCCAAGCACCCGUGCAAUGCUUCAAUGGAAUGUGACAAGUGCCAGAGGCGGCAGAAGAAUAGAGCAUUUUGCUAUUUUUGUAAUUCUGUUCAGAAGUUACCAAUUUGUGCCCAGUGUGGAAAAACAAAGUGCAUGAUGAAGUCUUCAGACUGUGUCAUCAAGCAUGCUGGUGUAUACAGUACUGGCCUUGCUAUGGUGGGUGCAAUAUGUGACUUCUGUGAAGCUUGGGUUUGCCAUGGGAGGAAGUGUCUUAGUACCCAUGCCUGUGCCUGCCCACUCACUGAUGCAGAGUGUGUGGAAUGUGAGCGAGGGGUUUGGGACCAUGGGGGCAGAAUAUUCAGCUGUUCAUUUUGCCAUAAUUUUCUUUGUGAAGAUGAUCAGUUUGAGCAUCAAGCCAGCUGCCAAGUUUUAGAAGCAGAAACAUUUAAAUGUGUUUCCUGCAACCGCCUUGGCCAGCAUUCAUGUCUGCGGUGUAAGGCUUGUUUCUGUGAUGAACAUACAAGGAGCAAGGUGUUUAAACAAGAAAAAGGGAAACAACCUCCUUGCCCAAAAUGUGGACAUGAAACUCAGGAGACAAAGGAUCUCAGCAUGUCAACUCGCUCCUUGAAAUUUGGCAGGCAGACUGGAGGUGAAGAGGGAGAUGGAGCCUCUGGGUAUGAUGCUUACUGGAAGAACCUGUCAUCUGACAAGUAUGCUGAUACUGGGUACCAUGAUGAUGAAGAGGAGGAUGAAGCAGAGGAUGAGGAGGAGGAAGAGGAUGGGAAGGAUUCAGAUGCUGAGUCAUCAGAUCUGUUCACUAGUUUGAACUUAGGAAGGACCUAUGCCAGUGGCUAUGCUCACUAUGAGGAGCAGGAGAACUAGGAGCAGCUCCCGCUGGCACUUGAAGAAGAGCAGGCUGAAUCAUGAGGAUGCUCAGACGUCCCCUCCCUUGGCCUUGUCCAAAAGGCUAGUCAUACUAGGGUACAUUCUGGCGGUUUGUAGGAACUGAUACUGGACUUCUAGUGUAAGGAAAAUGGGUUAAAUGUAAUGGAGUAUCAUGAAUUGGAUUAUUACUGAUUUCAAUCAUCUGGUAGGUUUUGUCAGUUAGAUACAUAUAAAAUACAUGAUAAAGGAAUAGAAAGGAAAUAUAUUUAUUUGAAAUUAAAUUGCUGUUUUUAUUAAAAGCACUGCUUAUAACUUCAUGUAUCUGAUUUUACAAAGAGUAACGGGUAAAAUUACUGUAUUCUUUUAUUUCAAUCCAUACAAUGAUAGUCAUGUUAUAUUCUGAAUUUUCACUGACUAUUUAUGCUGUCUUAAGUAGUCGUAUCUGUGUUAAGUGGUUGACGUGUUCAUCUUUUUCUUACAAUGUAUGUCCUCACCAGUGCUUGUUAAUGCCUCACUGACUGACAGAAAUCUAGCUGUUUUCAUACACAUAAUGCCAGGACUAGUAUUGCUGAUGCUUCACCCAGAGAACUUCACUUUUAAAAUAAAUCUACUAUAAACUUGAA